AUGGCCCCCACAACGCGUGUUUCGACGCGUUCAAAGCAGAGCUCAAGCGGCGCAAGUAAUGCCGCAGCAAAUCCCUCGAAUAACAGAGUCACAAAGCCCGCAUCUAAACCAAAGAGCAAAGCAGCGAAGGCUAUUGCUGCAUCAUCUUCAUCGAAAGCAGCAACAGUAGCCACGCUCAAGCAGGUAAAUGCUUCGGGAGCUUAUCCUCUGCCCGCAUCAUCAGAAUCUAUACCACCUACGGACUCCAUCUCAGCCGCCGCGGCCAAGUCACCCGGCUCAGUUCCCGAUAACGCCAUCCUCUUCCCCGACCCAGCCGCGUUCGACGCCUUUCUCGCCACCAAUGCCUCCACCUCGACCGGCAUCUGGCUGCACCUCGCCAAGAAGCCCAAAUCCGGCACCAAAUCCACGACCACACUAACCCUCCCCUUCGCCCUCGACAUCGCCCUCACGCACGGCUGGAUCGACGGCCAAGCCCGCUUAGCACCAGAUCCAACAACGAAUACCGUCCUCUCACGCUUCACGCCACGCCGCCCGAAGUCAACCUGGUCGGCCAUCAACGUCGCGCAUAUCGAACGCUUACGCGCUGAGGGCCGCAUGCAUCGGCGCGGAGAGGAGGAAGUUGCUAAAGCGCAAGCCGAUGGGCGGUGGGCGGGUGCGUAUGGUGGCAGUGAAAGAAUGGAGGGAGUUCUAGACGAGGUCCUGGGCGCGUUGGACGGAAUGUGGCCACCUUCGGGCACGACCAAGGCCCGAAACAGGGCAGCGAGGGAAAUAAUGGAAGGCUGGGGAAAGGGAGAGAGGUAUAAGGCGCUUCUAGGGGUUGCGAUGGCGGGGACGAAUGAGAGUUUGAGGAAGAAGCGGAUCGGGGCGGUGCUUGGGAAGGUCUGUGUGAGGGUUGUAUAA